AUGGCGCCAAAAAUUACAAUCAAUUUGAAACCGCCGCUUAAUAACGACUUCUACAGCACCAAUGAUCGCAUAUCAGGUUCAGUGAAAGUUGAUUUAAAAAAACCUCUGUCAAUCAAGACUAUAAAUGUGAUUCUGAAGGGAUUUACCGAGACUUUAACGAAAAUAGAUCCUAUUAAUACAUAUGGUCAAAACGGUAUGAUGAUGCCUGCUCAGGAUAAUAGGUCCUACCAUACUUUAUUCAACUAUACUGAAAGAGUGUUCCCACCUGAUAAUGUGUGGAAUGCUCUGGAGGGCUCGUCUAAACCAUUCAAAGUCAAACCAGGCCAAUAUGAGUAUAACUUUGGCUUUGAAAAACUGCCGAGACGACCCAAAUGUUUGGCAAACCAUUACAAGGGGCUGGUAUGCUUCACUAAGAGGGAGGAGACCAGGUUGCCACCUAGUCAUAACAAUCAAUGGAGAGAUCUGAGCAAAAUUGACGACUUGGAUUUGUUUUACUAUGCAUAUGGGAAAGUGUUGUAUAUGGUUCAAGUGCAGAUCGAGUUGGGCAAAUCGAACUCGUGGUAUAAACCUUUCAACAAGCUGAUAAGAGAGAUAGACCUCAUUGAAUUUAUCCCAGAUGCUCGAGAUCUCGAAUAUGAAGAUGACGAUGAAAAGGAAGACGCCUCACGCAGUCGAACGCCGAGCAGUCGUCAUUCAAGAAAUGGAAAAGAUAAUACAACGGCCGAUUAUAGUAUGAACCCCCAAAGAUUACAUAGUGUACCGUCUUCCUCAUCCAGUAACAGUGAAAGGAUGAAGGUCUACAAAUCAACUUAUAAAGUUGGACUACCGGAUCUAAAGAGUACUAUGUGGGUUGAAGUAAGAAGCAGAGGAUUGAGGAGAACUUAUAGGAAAGAUUAUUUGUUUUGCUCAGGCUCUAACAAAUUUGAUAAAGUGUAUUUUGUAAUGAUGGGCAAUAUUGCGCAAUUCAAAAAGUGGAAGAUCGUGCCAACCAAGAUACAACUUAAUUUGUUAGAAACUGUCAGCUAUUUAUCACAAGGAGUGGCCAAUGAGAAUUUUUCGUCACUUAGAUUGAUUGAUGUGAACAACAUACCUUCCAAGCUCAGCUCGACGAUAGUUGAUUUUGAGAAUGCGGAGUUUCAUUCAAGUGAAAGUGACGCGGAGGAAGGACGUUUGGAAUGCGAAAUAAAACUUCGAAACCAUCCAUUGUUAAAGAAUUUGAGAUUCAACGAAGAGGAUUACCGACAUCGUGGUAACAGAUUGUAUAGUUUCAAAACCUGUACGAUCAAGAAAGCUUUCAACUUCCAGCUGCUAAUCGAUUGGGAUAUCAACGGUACCAGACGACAGACCGAAGUCAUUAUCAGACCAAUGCAGAUCUUUGUCCAGACCAACAUGAAUGCCAAGACCGAUGUGCUUCCAAAAUACGUGGACCCACCUGUAUAUACGGAAACAAAAGAGUAA